GGUGGGCGAGAGCGGCCUUAGCAACGGCUGGCUGGCUGUGAGGACUGCGCUUGGGCUGCACGGCGGGCGGGUGAAGCCGGGAGGUCCCCGGCUCAGGGUGCCGGUUGGGGACAUGGCAUCCAACAGCCGCACAAGUUCAGACCAAUGGAAGAAAAGAGCAGCAAAAAUUGAACUGAAUGAAACCCAAAAGCAAGAAAUUAAAGAGGCUUUUGACUUAUUCGAUGUUGAUGGGUCUGGAGCCAUAGAUGUGAAAGAACUGAAGAUUGCAAUGCGGGCCUUAGGAUUUGAACCAAAGAAAGAAGAAAUUAAAAAAAUGAUAGCUGAAAUUGACAAAGAUGGAAUCGGCACCAUUAGUUUUGAAGAUUUUUUUGCCAUGAUGAGUAUAAAAAUGAGUGAAAAAGAUGAAAAAGAAGAAAUAUUGAAGGCUUUCAAAUUAUUUGAUGAUGAUGAUACAGGAAGUAUAUCACUAAACAAUAUCAAGAGGGUUGCCAAGGAACUAGGAGAAAAUUUGACAGAUGAUGAACUUCAGGAAAUGCUUGAUGAAGCUGAUCAUGAUGGGGAUGGAGAAAUAAAUGAGGAAGAAUUUUUGAGAAUGAUGCAAAAGACCACUCUUUAUUAAUACCAUUUUUUGCUCCUUCUGGAAAGUUGUUAAGUUUGUGUUUAAGUUCCAUAAUAUCUGUAUGUAUUCAUUUUCAGUAUUUAGUUUAUAUAUACAAACUGGUCUCUUGGUGUCUAAUCCAAGUUACAUGUUUCUACCAAUAUGUUGUUAAAUCUAUAGUAUUAAGAAACAAAGAAAAUGUAGUGACUUCCUUGAACUGUGAAUCCAAGAACAGUAUUAAUUCCAAGUGCUAUUUUUAGAGCCCCAGGGUCCAAAGACUUAGAUUUUUUUUUUUUUAAUUUAAGAAAAUUGGUCCCACAUCAUAUGAAUUUGACAAGCAAGCCAUUACUUUCCCUAUUAUUUUCCUUUUGUGCAACUCUAAAAAUGAUGAACAUUUGCUUUUUAACCAGUUAUUCAGAUGUGUAAAAUCUUAAAUGAAACUGUCUGGCAACUUC